AGACAAGAGAAGUAUUGCUAGUAUCCUUGCGGGGUACUCUCCUCGUCGGUGAUCACACUCCUUGUCUCUUGCCUACCCCGGUACACGGUAAUUACUAUGUUUCUGAAUCUAACCGAUGUGAAAGCGGCCCUCGCGUUAGUAAUGAUGAUGUCAUAAUCCCGUCCACGUCCGAGUCCUUAUAUCAGCCGUUCUCAUCAUCUCCAUGCUUUGUCUUUCCUCUUUCACUGAUAUCGCGCCGUCGUAGCCAAUUGAUUUUCGGUCAUUAAUUCCACGUCAAUCCAAUAGAAACCUGAAACUACGCCGGGUUGCGUUCGGAAUUGCUGCAUAUCAACGGAUAUGAGGGCCGUACUGAUCAAAGACGACAAAGGACCGCUCGAGAAUCUCUUCAUUGGGAAUGCUGAGACGCCAACUCUUGGAGAACGGCAGAUUCUUGUAAAGAUCAAGGCUUUCGGGUUGAAUCGCAUGGAUAUACUCCAACGAGAAGGAAUGUACCCAGUGCCGCCCGGAGCCUCUAAGAUUCUCGGUGUUGAGUUUUCGGGUCAUGUUACUACUCUUGGACCCAACGUCUCCGCUAAUUGGAGGGAGGGUGAUGAGGUCUUCGGCAUUGCCGCAGGCGGAGCAUAUGCAGAAUACAUCGCUGUGGAUGAAACUCACCUGAUGCCUAAACCUUCGUCUCUGUCUUGGGCCGAGGCUGCUAGUAUUCCUGAAGUGUUUCUGACCGCCUUUCAAGGAAUUUCAGUAUACGGAGAAUUCAAGUCUGGUGAAAGCGUUUUGAUACAUGCUGCUGCAUCUGGAGUUGGUAUCGCCGCUAUUCAAAUGGCCCGUGUGCUCGGCGCGAAGAAUGUCAUCGCCACCGCAUCUACGAAGGAAAAGCUCGGCUGGCUGCUUUCAAUCCCAAGCGGCGCGACACACGGAGUCAAUUACAAGACUCAGGAUUUUGCGGCCGAAGUACUCAAAAUCACCGAGGGGAAGGGAGUCGACGUUGUUCUUGACUUCGUUGGUCAAACUCAUUGGACCAAGAAUAUCAAUUCGCUUGCUAUCGAUGGCCGUAUGACUAUUUUCGCCUUCCUAAGUGGUUCCACGGUCCCGUCUGUAGACCUGCGGCCCAUACUUCUGAAGCGCCUCCGGAUCCAGGGAUCCACUCUAAGGUCUCGCAGCCUGGAAUAUCAAACGGACUUGAUCACCCGGUUGAGGGACCAAUUUUUGGGGAAUGUAACCGGAGUCGAGGGAAGUGGUCCUAUCAAGACGUACAUUCAUAAGGUUUAUAAUUGGAACGAUAUUCAAGAGGCCCACAGAGAAAUGGAGGCGAACAAGAAUAUAGGAAAAAUAAUUGCUGAAAUAGCCUAACCCAUGUAAUAGGAAUAUCCCCUGGUUAUGUCGAAUAACUAAAAUUUAUGUCUUUUAUCAUCACUGUUUUCCAAACUUAGAGCAUUACAUGGAAAGUUCCGCUCGCAACCAGCAAACCUGAAAACUGAUCGGUGAGUGAUGGAAGUUGCCGAAAUCAACUUGUUUCGUCCCAUCAUCCAUGCCUUCAUCCGUGCCAAUUCUUCCCAGGUUCUAGGUCGCCCUGCGCGUAAAUCUUGUCUACUGUCCUAUCAAGAUAUCAAUGGCAUUGAUUGACGCCCGUGCCUCCAUUAUGACAUUGAUGGGUAUUCCACCACUAGUAAGUACUGUAGUGGCGCUCUGGCACCUGGUUGGUGGGACCGAAGUCCAGUAGAAUGAACAUCUAUGAAUAAAGUGGACUCCGCGAAGCACUCGUGGACCGACUAACUCUGCUGCACUCAGA